UCCUGAAUUGACCGAGCAAACAACACAAAUACUAAAGGAUAACAUGAGCAGUAAGUGGAGACAAUUUAAGCAUGAUUUGAAAUCAAAAGGGUAUGAUGAAAGCAAAACUGAAGAGGAAAUGGCUUCUAUCAUCCCUGACACAAGAGUUGAUCCGUCCCAAUAUCGUGCUUUAGUGCACCAUUGGUGUUCCAAGGAAGGGAAGAAAAUAAGUCAAAUCAACAAAAGGAAUCGCUCAAAAUAUGAGGAUUUACAUUGCAUGGGAACCAAGAAUCUUCCGAGGCUAAUUCAUGAGAUGACAACGAAGGCUAUAGGAGUGCAACCUUCUCCAGCUGAAAUUUAUAUUGAAACCCGAACUCGAAAAGACGGGAGCAUUGUGACUGAAAAGGCAGCUUCAACAAUUGAGGAGUUAAAGAAGCAUAUGGCAGAGGUAGAAAAUUCAGAAAAUUUUCAAGUCACUGAAGAUUCUACAAAUUGGAUGAAUGAUACAUACUCAAAAGUGAAAGGGCCUGAAAGAAGAGGACGUGUGCGUUGUCUUGGCAAACUUCCACGACAUGCUAGUUCAAAUAUUUCAUCUCAACGCACUAAUUCAGAAGAUAGACUUCAAAAAGUAGAAAGUGUACUUGGAAAUCUUGUUGCUGUGCUUCAAAUGCGAUUUUCUGAUGAUCCACAAAUUAAUGUUGUCUUACAGGCUGUAGCUCAAGAGGUACCUGAUGUUGCAAGUGCUCCAAAUGGUUCUAUUGGUAAUAAUCAACAAACUACAAGUGGCACUGGUUCACUGCACUUUUAAGGUGCAUUGAUGGAGAAGAGGAAGAUGAUCUGGUUUUGGCGGAACAUGAUGUGAAGAAAAGUAUAUGAUUGUUCUUGAUAGGGUAGAACCAUAUAAAAACUGUGUCUGUCAGUUUCUGCAUCUUAUAAGUAGUAAAACUCAUUUUGUGUAAUUUGGUGUUGUCUUUAGUUAUAUGAUUUGUCCACAUUGGUGAAUAAUACCUUGAGAAUAUAUUUUGGUGAUGAUUUUAGUUUAUAUGAUGAUUGGUGAAUAAUACCUUGAGAAUA